UAGCGCGCGCAUUAUUUAUAGCGAUGUCGACAGUCUCUUCACCAGCGCCUUGUUCUAAUAAUAAUCCAGAUCAGUGCUGGGUUAAAACUACACCUCCCGGUGGGAUCUGCUUCUAAAUGUCAGAGGUGGUUGAGUCUCCCCUGUAUAAGCCGGAAUUAAAUCACCGCUGCACGACGUGUAAAUACGCCUUUAAACGACGUCUGCCUUCUUUAUGAGCUGCAGCAAAGAUGUCAGUGUCUAGCAGUAACCCGUUUCCUGGAGAUUCGGCGCCGGCUCUGCCGUUUUUGAGCGCUCACUGUGAAGUGUCACGACCUGCCAGGACCAUCCGCCUCCGUGACAUCUACAACCCUCAGCCUCCGCCUCAAAGGAAACCGGUGGCAAUAAGACCCCCAAGCCCUCGUCCUCGUCCUCAUCCUCCUGCUCCGACAGAGCGUCUCUCCCGCCGGAGUUUCUCUUGCGAACCUGAGCCGAGGACCAUCAUGAGGAGAAGAGCGCGCUCUCUCCCUUCCACAGACAAGACCACGACUCGUAGGUGCUCGCAAGUCCGAUUCGUCGACUGUUUGGGCCUCGAGCUGGAGCGUGUAAAGUUUUUCCAGGCUGGCGAAGACCCCACAGUUCCAGAUCAUGUCAUAAACAGGUUAGUAGCCAGCUCUGAGCUUGUAUCCGGGAAACAUUUAGAGCUCUCACUGCCCUUCUUUCAGCCGUUUUUCCCCGAGAACAUCAGCAGUGAGCCUGAUUUCCUGGAGCGGCUGUGUCAUAGGCGCGUUUGCCUCGAGCAAGUCCACUGCUCUGAACUGGGCAUCACUGGAACAGCGCAAGUUCUCAACCUGGCUUUUGAGAAACAGGUCAGCAUUCGGUACUCGUUCACAGACUGGAAAAGCAGCGCUGAGUGUAAAGCGUGCUGGGUUUCUUCUGUGCAACACGAUCAUGUGCAGUCAGACGUGUUUCGCUUUCGCUUACCCGUACCACCGUUCAUCCUGAAACCAGGAGCCAGUCUGGAGUUCGCCAUCUGUUACCGCGUCCUCGGUACUGAAUACUGGGACAACAAUGAUGGACAUAACUACAAACUGGCCUGCCAUACUUACAAGCUGAUCGUGCCGAAGGAGUGCGAGGACAGCAUGGUGCACUUCACCUAAAGCCUUACUCAUACUGCAUUAGUUUUCCUUCAAGUGCUCCAGAAUCUGAUCCUAAUUUCAGCACGCUACUUUUGUGUCAACAGACUCGGAUUUGUAUUUCGUGCGUUUGUAUUUUAUUUUAAUGAUUUAAUCCUGCAAAUGAAGCUUUAAAUUAGGUUCUACAUUUGAAAAGUGUCACAUUCAAGCUCAUUGUUUCGGUCCUUUCUGUUUAUUGCAUACUGCUGUUCUGGCUGAAUGAUUGCAGUUUCCUUUUGUUUUGUCACUGCUGCGGUUGUGUAAUAGUUGUCAUUUCCUCUCUGUGACUUCACUCAUGAAGAAUUCUGGUUAUCUCAGCUUGUAGGCACGCUUCAGGAAUCAACCGGUACUCACUGGCUUGUUGAUGUUGACCCAGCUUCCGGACUGACCUUCAUGACCGCUAUGAGAAAUGAAAUAUAAUUCUGACUAGCCAAAUGUUUUGUCUUUAAGUUUUUUACAGUAUAUUGAAGGAGGUUUUUCACUAACACAAUAUGUACUGUAUGUAUACUUUGAAAAUAUAGUUUAGUGUUAUAACUUUCAAUGAUUUCAUGUCUUUACUUAUGGGAUCACUAUGUAGAUCAGGGGGUCGUCCAGGAGAGAAAAAAAUGGCUGUGCUUUCUGGGUGGGAGAGAUGACAUAACUCUCUCUCUCCUGUCAAUCACAGCAGCAAUAGCCAAUCACGUGCUAGCCUUCAUCAUUGGUAACUGUUAUAUCAUAGGGCAGGUCUGGCUGGUGAGUGGGAAGGUAACAAAAUUGGGAGAGAAAGUGUGUGAUAAAAAUAAGGUACCAUGAAAAACCCUACUUUAAAGAGGUUCUCUAUUAGAGACGGUACCAAAUUGAACCCAUUGAGUACACUGAGAACCAUUAACUAUUGAAAGGACUCACUGAAGAACCCUUUUUUUCUAUGUAUGUAGUUACCAUUGCUUUGUUCAAUCUUUUCUGACCUCAAAUUUACCCACAAUGCUUAAGUUUUAUAAGACUUUUCUGAACUCCUGUAUGUAUGUAUUUUCACCACAAGGUGGUGCUGCUGUGUAUCUGGGGUUCACUGUUAUGUAAAAGAUUCCAUCUAGCACCCAUUUCAGAUUGUCCCUCAGGUGAAAUCCUAUCAAAUUUUUAAAGAAAACCCUACAACAGAGUGUUUCUCUUUCAAGAGGUUUCCAUGCAAAAGGUUUCCACCCAUUUAAAAGCCUAGAACUAUAUAUAUCUGUCUAUAUAACUGUCCAGCAUGAAACUUAAGUAUCAGUAAUAAUUUCAAUUUUUACAAGUAAUUCUACUUAUUUUAAGUAAUAAUAAUAAUAAUAAUAAUAAUAAUAAUAAUAAUAAUCACAGUAAUGACCUUUCAACAAGUCACUGAACAAGAUCUACUUCUCUGCUGUUCCUAAAAGUUCCUAGACAAGAUUUUUCCAUUCUUGUCACAUUUGUACAAAUUAAAAAUCAUUCAUAGAGUUAAAAUGAUGCUAUUAUUCUAGCUGUAAUUAAAUAGUGGUGGACUGAAAGGGUUUUUUAUUUUUUAUUUUUUACAAUUACGUCAGGAAUAUACACAGUAUCUACUACGCCUUCUCAUUUUAUUGUAUAUUUGCAUUGAUCUGGUGAACCUGCAGUGUAUAGACAUAAUAGGUUAAUUAGUUUAGCAUGGUCUAUACAGAGCAUUCUAAUCUUUGCUAAUUUAAUCUCUUUUAUGCCUGUGAUUUGAUCCGGAGUACGCUGACAUUAGAUUGUUAAAGUCUGACCUCCAUUUGACCACCAGUGAUUUCUGCUCCACUGUCCAACAGUGAGUCGAUUUUCUUUCUCGAGUGAGUCAUGAGUCUCGAUGCUGAUGGUGUUUUCCCACAUAAACCUGUCCUGACCUGGAUAACUGGGGAAAGAUUUCAGCUCCAGCCUAGGUCAAGGGGUUCAACAGGACUAAAAGUUGCACUUGCACUGGUUCACAUUUUAAAAUAGAAAUAAUAAAUAGACAGAUAGCUGAGGCAAUAGAUUUUGGGUUCGACUGUGUAGAGAUCUAGAGAGUGCGAAGGCCGUGUGCAUGGGGGCGGAGUCAUCCUGGAAGAGACCGCGUCCAUCGGGGUAGAAAUGUUUCAUCAGAGGAUAAAGGUGAUCAGUCAGAUGUACCGCAGAAUUGAUUUGUAGUGAAGGGGACAAAAGAUAAAUAAAUAAAUAAAUGCUGCCAGAGCAUAAAAGAGCAACGGGAAGUGUCUUGAUUAAUGUCAAUUAUAUGAAAUAUGUUUCAUUAGAACAUUAUUAUCUCAAACAAAAAUAAGAUUUUUAUUUGUCAUCCAUCAGUGUACAAUAUAUAUUGGGUUAGGCAACUCUAUCCAGUCUCCAUCUGUUUACUAUCUAAUCAUGUCUUUUGCAAACAUCUGUGUAUCGUCUCUCAUUUUCUAUAAAACUGUUCUCAACCCAGUGUGAGUGUAUUCCUUU